CGGUCGAGGCGGAGGCAUCGCAGCCCGGGGAAAGCAGAGGCGAUGGCGGCAGAUGGAGGAUGCGGGGAGACGGUGGAUCAGUACCGCGCGGAGGUGGAGCGGCUGACCCGCGAGCUCGCGGAGGCCAACAGGGAGAAGAUCCGCGCGGCGGAGUGCGGGCUGGUGGUGCUGGAGGAGAACCAGAGCCUGAAGCAGCAGUGCGCAGAGCUGGAGUCCGAGCAGGAGGCGCUGAAACACGAGCUAGAGCAGCUGCAGGAGGCAUUUGGCCAGGCGUACUCUAACCAGCGUAAAGUGGCAGAGCAUGGUGAGACGAAUGAGGAGACGCUGCUGCAGGAAUCCGCCUCUAAAGAAGCGUACUACGUGAACCGUCUGCUGGAGCUGCAGACAGAGCUCAAACUGAGCCGCUCUGUGGCCUCUAAUGCGCAGGCUGAGAGCGAACGCCUCAACGCACUGCUCCAGGAGCUAAAAGAGAGUAAUGAAAUGCUGGAGCUGCAGAAGGGCAGGAUGAGAGAGGAGAUAAAGGAAUAUAAGUUCCGAGAGGCCAGACUGCUGCAGGACUACACCGAGCUAGAAGAGGAGAACAUCACCCUGCAGAAGCUUGUGUCCACACUCAAGCAGAAUCAGGUGGAGUAUGAGGGUUUGAAGCAUGAGAUCAAAGUCCUGGAGGAGGAAACAGUUCUGCUGAACAGCCAACUGGAGGAUGCAUUGCGUUUAAAGGACAUCUCUGAGGGCCAGUUAGAGGAGGCACUGGAUGCUCUGAAGAGUGAGAGAGAGCAGAAGAACAACCUGAGGAAAGAGCUAACCCACCACCUCAGCCUCAGUGACUGUGUGUACGGAGCCAGCACACACAUAGCCAUCUCAGCUGUGGAAGGAUUCAAGUUUGCAGAGGAAGCUUCCAUUAAUGGCACCUCACCCUCAGGUUCCAGUCUCAAUAACGAGGACAGUAAUCGGUGUAAUGGCUGUAAUGGUCAUGGGCCAAAGAUGAACGGUGACUACCACCGGCCUGGAGGGAGAAAGGGAGAGGUGCUGCACCCGGUGUCCGAUCUGUUCAGUGAACUCAACCUGUCUGAGAUACAGAAACUCAAACAGCAGCUCUUACAGGUUGAGCGAGAAAAGGCAACCCUACUGACUAACCUCCAGGAGUCUCAGACACAGCUGCAGCACACACAAGGUGCUCUAACUGAGCAGCACAAGCGUGUGAACCGCCUUACGGAGCGCAUCAAUGCUAUGAAACGUCUCUGUAGCGACAAGGAGCUGGAUGCCGAGGAGACAGAGAAAGGGAACCCACCCACGAAUGGCUGCCAUGAGCAUGAAGUGGAAAUCAAUGGCAUCGAGAUCCUGGAGUGUAAGUAUAAGGUAGCCGUAACAGAGGUCAUUGACCUGAAAGCUGAGCUGAAGGCCUUGAAAGAGAAGUAUAACAAGUCCGUGGAGAGCCAGUCAGAAGAGCGCAGCCACAGUGAGGGCAAGCUUCAGGUUCUCAAUGAGCAUGUGACAUCGUUGGAGAGGGAGUGCCGUGAGAGUCGUGAGCACAUCAGCAGCUUGGAGGCAGAGCUUCGGUGCACAACAUCCAUGGCAACCGAAAGUCAAGGUAUGCUAAAUUCUGCUCAAGAUGAGCUGGUUACCUUUAGUGAAGAGCUAGCACAACUGUACCAUCACGUCUGCCUGUGCAACAACGAGACACCCAACCGCGUCAUGCUGGACUAUUAUCGCCAGAGUCGCGUUACACGCAGUGGCAGUCUUAAAGGUGCUGAUGAUCCCCGGGCCUUGCUGUCACCCCGUCUCGCCCGCCGCCUGGCUGCUGCCAACUCCUCAGACCCUUGUAGGAGUCCCCAGGACUCACCCCUAAAGGAGCCCUCUGGGGAAGGUGGUAAAGGGGAGACAGUGAGCCAACAGAGCCCCUCCAGAACCCCCUUUGGUUCCCCAGUUAACAGUGCCUCACCAUCCAUUUCACCUGCCCCAGAGGCAAGCGGAGAUCUCCGCAAGGAACCCAUGAACAUUUACAACCUGAAUGCCAUUAUUCGGGACCAGAUCAAGCACUUGCAAAAGGCUGUGGACCGCUCGCUGCAGCUGUCCAGACAGAGGGCAGCCGCUCGGGAGUUAGCACCCAUCUUCGACAAGGACAAAGAGUCCUGUAUGGAGGAGAUCCUGAAGCUCAAGUCCCUCUUGAGCACCAAGAGAGAACAGAUAGCCACCCUGCGUCUCGUCCUUAAGGCCAAUAAACAGACUGCAGAGGUAGCCUUGGCUAAUCUGAAGAGUAAGUAUGAGAAUGAAAAGUCCAUGGUGACAGAGACAAUGAUGAAGCUGAGGAAUGAGCUAAAGGCUCUGAAAGAGGACGCAGCCACCUUCUCUUCCCUGAGGGCGAUGUUUGCCACCAGGUGUGAUGAGUAUGUCACUCAGCUGGAUGAGAUGCAGAGGCAAUUGGCAGCAGCUGAGGAUGAGAAAAAGACUCUGAACUCGCUACUCCGCAUGGCCAUCCAGCAGAAACUGGCCCUCACACAGCGUCUGGAGGACCUGGAGUUUGACCACGAGCAGUCACACCGUGGCCGUGGAGGAAAGGUUCCCAAAAUAAAGAGCAGCCCUCCAAAAUCUCUUGUAGAUUGUCAGCAGCCUGCUGCCUCAGUACCGCCACUCUCCCCACAAAUGAGGCGCGGCAGAGCGUCCACAGGCCGCAGUCCUAAUAUUGUGAUAACUUUUCAAGAGGACCAGCUACAAGAAGCCAGCCCCCGCAUCCCCUGCGACCUUUUCAACUGUCUGGCACAUGAAUCUCAUCUACCUGGCCCCUAGCCCUCCCACCAUUAUCCAUGGCCCAUCCCACUCGGACAAGAACAAAGACAAACCAGGGGAUACAUCUGUCAAUCAAAUGCCCAUCCAAUCAGGUGCUCCUCUUUCUGUGUGACCUCAGAAGGACCCGCCCUGUUUUGACUCUUUGGGGGGCCUGGACUAGGCUGCACUAUUUUAUUCUCCUAAUGAAACUCCUGAUGAAA